AUGGAUAUCAGAGACGGAGAGCUAGCUCCACGCCACCAUGAUGUGGAUAUUCCUGCUCGAAUAAGAUUGCCUCCCAUGGAGGAUCCUGAAAUUGCUAAAAAGAAUACUGCCAACAGGGCAAAGCUAACAAUUCCUCACACUUUAGGCUCAAAGUCUAUUGCAAGAAGAAAAAGAGAGCUAGAAAUUGAAAAAGGUAAGCCUAUCAGUAGAGCGGAAAUGUAUGCCUAUGGGCAAAAGAAAAAAGAUGGUACAUUUGUGAAUGAAAAGGCUAGGGAGAAAAAUGUGUUUGGGAAGGAGCACCCUGGACGUGUACGGUGUAUGGGAUUUGGGGUCUGCCGUUACCAAGUUUUUAAACGUGGUUCUAGUUCUGGGGCAUCUUCCUCAGCAUCUACAGACAAUGAAAUUAGAGAGUUGAAAUCUAAGGUUCAAUCUUUAGAGGAAGCAUUGGCUUUUGUGGUACGUAGCUUUGGGGGUCAAAUGCCCCCUGGUUUUGCAUCAAAUGGAUUGCAACAGCCUCAAGAUUUAGGCUCUCCCAAUGGAUUCAGGCCAUCCUCUUCUGCUAGUCAUAUAGCUUUUGGUGAUUACUUUUUGAUGGAUAGCUUUUGUAUUUUGGUGUAUAUCACAAUGUCAGGGUGA